GGUACUCGUACAGUCGAUGAGUACGAGAGAGAGUUCACGAGGCUUGCAGCUUUUGUCCCUGAUCUGGUUCGCACGGAGGCCCAGAGAGCGCAGCGUUUCAUUGACGGACUCAGCCCAGCAGUCCGUCAUAACAUCGUAGGCCACGGGACGCAGACCUAUGCACGUGCGGUCUCCAUUGCCCAGGAGGUGGAUGCCAGUAUCAGGAGGGAGGUCGUUCGUGCCCAGUCAUCUUCAGUUCCACCGGUGUCAGCUCUACCAUCUACCCAGCCGCCAAAGAAGAGGAAGGAUAAGAAUGCCCAGACAGAUAAGAGGGCUCGACGGAGGCUUCAGGUUCCACAGUGCCCUACUUGUGGACGACAUCACCGAGGCGAGUGUCGCUUUGGUCAGGACGUAUGCUACUACUGCCACGAGCCCGGACAUUUUGCGAGCCGUUGUCCGAAGAAGGCUCAGCAGCCUCAGCAGCAGCAGCAGCCACAGCAGCAGCAACAGCCCCGUCAGCAGGCCCAGAGGCAGCCCCAGCAGCAGCAGCAGAGGGGCAGACAGCAGGCCAGAGUCUAUGCCAUCGAUCAGGCCGAGGCAGAGCAGCAGCCAGGUACCAUGUCCGGAAUGAUCAUUCUUAAUAAUGUUCCUAUGUUUGCUUUGUUUGAUACUGGAGCGUCACAUACCUUCAUUUCACGACGGUGUCUUGACGCCAUCGGAGUUCAUGCUACUUCCGCUAUCGAUCCUCUCGAGGUGAGCUUGGCCUCGGGGCGAAAGAUAGUAACUUCAGCCAAAGCUUCAGAUCUUAGCCUUUCCAUCGGUGGCCGAGUUUUGCCUACCGACGCGGCUCGAGGACAUCCUUUCUCGAGGGAGAUCCUCGCUGCGCCUCUGCCGGCUAAUUUCAAGGAAACCAACUUAGUGUAUGACGGGUCGUCUGACCCGUCGAGGCAUGUGAUGACCUUUGAAAAUAUGGCUGUGUUACAUGGAUAUUUUGAUUCUGUUUGUUGCAGGGCGUUUUUAUCGACCCUACGUGGAGGAGCGCUUGACUGGUUUCAUCAAUUACCUUCGGGGUCGAUUGCGGAUUUUGAGGAUCUUGCCAGUAAACUCACUAACCAAUACUCAAGCGCGGUGGCGCAAGAGAAAACGUAUUUGACUUUGAUGGCAAUGAGGCAGGGCGAGAAGGAGCCAUUGAGGAA